GGUCUAAAGACGCCAGCAUCAGCCGAAUAAAAAUAAUUCAAGACCUGCGAGCAUCUUCAGCAGCGGGAGACGUGUGGCUGAAAAUGAAACAACGGCUAUAAUGGCAGUAUAUAACAAAAAAGGAACUAUUAAGAGCUUAUCCGUCAGUAUUUUUUGAUUUUCGAUGCUACAGCUGCUUGUAGACGUCAUCGGAGAUUUUUUUAUCGUGCAGGAUUUCUGUGGUGUUCUAGUCGUCUCCGCGUGCGGAUAAAUAGCGGAGAAUAUUCUGUGGGAUUGAAACUCAACAGCUUCAACCAUGUCUGGUGCCUCAGUGAAAGUCGCUGUCCGAGUGCGCCCCUUCAACUCAAGGGAAAUCGGCAAAGAAUCAAAAUGCAUUAUACAAAUGCAAGGGAACUCCACCAUUAUUUUGAAUCCUAAAAACCCAAAGGAAUCACCCAAAUCCUUCAGCUUUGACUAUUCCUACUGGUCUCACACCUCGCCGGACGACCCCAGCUUUGCAUCACAGAACCUUGUGUACAAUGACAUCGGGAAGGAGAUGUUGCAGCAUGCAUUUGAGGGCUAUAACGUUUGCAUUUUCGCCUACGGUCAGACAGGAGCUGGCAAAUCCUACACCAUGAUGGGAAAGCAAGAAGAAGGACAGGAAGGCAUCAUCCCUCAGCUCUGUGAAGAACUCUUUGAGAAAAUCAAUGAAAAUAACAAUGAGGAGAUCUCGUACUCUGUGGAGGUGGCUUUCAUGGAAAUAUACUGCGAGCGGGUUAGAGAUCUUCUAAACCCUAAAAACAAAGGUAACCUGCGUGUUAGGGAACAUCCUCUACUUGGGCCCUAUGUUGAAGACCUUUCAAAACUGGCCGUCACCUCCUAUACAGACAUUGCUGACCUCAUGGAUGCUGGUAACAAAGCCAGAACUGUUGCCGCCACCAACAUGAAUGAGACAAGCAGCCGCUCCCACGCCGUCUUCACCAUCGUUUUCACCCAGAGAAAGCACGACAGUGAGACAGACCUGUCCACAGAGAAGGUCAGCAAAAUCAGCCUGGUGGAUCUGGCAGGAAGUGAGCGUGCUGACUCAACAGGGGCUAAAGGAACCAGACUAAAGGAGGGAGCAAACAUCAAUAAAUCUCUAACCACUCUUGGAAAGGUUAUUUCAGCCCUGGCCGAGGUGGAUAACUUUACCAGCAAGAGCAAGAAGAAAAAAAAGACAGACUUCAUUCCUUACCGAGAUUCAGUGUUGACAUGGCUGCUCAGAGAGAAUCUAGGAGGGAACUCAAGGACAGCUAUGGUGGCCGCUCUGAGUCCUGCUGACAUCAACUAUGAUGAAACUCUGAGCACACUCCGAUAUGCAGACAGGGCCAAGCAGAUCAAGUGUAAUGCUGUCAUCAAUGAAGAUCCCAAUGCCAAGCUGGUACGAGAGCUGAAGGACGAGGUGUUGCGUUUGAAGGAACUGCUCCAUGCCCAGGGACUCGGGGACAUCCUGGACAAUCUGAAAGAUAUAACCAACAAUAAGCAUAGAUACUUGCUUGCCUCAGAGAACCAACGGCCUGGCCAUUUCUCCACAGCACCUAUGGGCUGCCUGACAGCCUCUCCAUCUUCAGGCUCUCUGUGCAGCCAGGAAGGGCUGCAGUCUGUGUCCAGCAUCCAAGAGCGCAUCAUGUCCACGCCGGGCGGAGAAGAGGCCAUCGAAAGGCUGAAGGAAUCGGAGAAGAUCAUUGCUGAGCUGAAUGAGACCUGGGAAGAGAAACUGAGGAAGACUGAGUCCAUCCGUAUGGAGAGAGAGGCACUGCUGGCAGAAAUGGGUGUGGCCAUAAGGGAGGAUGGUGGAACGCUGGGUGUCUUCUCUCCUAAAAAGACCCCUCACCUGGUGAACCUGAAUGAGGAUCCUUUGAUGUCAGAAUGUCUGCUCUAUUAUAUUAAAGAUGGAAUAACAAGGGUGGGCCAGGCAGAUGCAGAGAGAAGACAGGACAUUGUUCUGAGCGGAGCGCACAUCAAAGAGGAACACUGUAUCUUCCGCAGUGAUAGGAAUGCCAACGGAAAUGUGAUUGUAAUGUUGGAGCCAUGUGAGGGUUCUGAAACAUACGUGAACGGAAAGUGUGUGACUUCUGCAGUCCAGCUGCGCUCAGGUAACCGUAUUAUCAUGGGAAAGAACCAUGUUUUCCGGUUUAAUCACCCUGAGCAGGCUCGUGCAGAGCGCAAGAAGACCCCCUCAGCUGAGACCCCUGUGGAGCCGGUGGACUGGACCUUCGCCCAAAGAGAACUGCUGGAGAAACAGGGUAUCGACAUGAAGCAAGAGAUGGAGAAGAGACUUACAGAGAUGGAGGUCCUGUACAAAAAAGAGAAGGAAGAAGCCGACCAGCUGCUCGAACAACAGCGACUGGUUUAUGAGAGUAAACUGCAAGAGCUGCAGAAACAGGUGGAGACUCGCUCACUGGCUGCAGAGACUCCUGAUGAAGAGGAGGAAGAAGAAGAGGAGGAGGAUGAAGUGCCCUGGACCCAACAUGAGUAUGAGUUGGCUCAGUGGGCUUUCAGGAAGUGGAGGUACCACCAGUUCACUUCUCUCAGAGACCAGCUGUGGGGCAAUGCUGUAUACCUCAAAGAAGCCAACGCCAUCAGUGUGGAGCUCAAGAAAAAGGUCCAGUUCCAGUUCGUCUUGCUCACGGACACCCUGUACUCUCCGCUGCCCCCGGAACUGCUACCUCCAGAGCCUGAGAAAGAGCGUGAUGCCAGACCUUUCCCUCAUACUGUUGUGGCUGUGGAAGUCCAGGACCUGAAAAAUGGAGCCACUCAUUACUGGUCACUGGAAAAGCUCAAGCAAAGGCUGGACCAGAUGCGAGAGAUGUAUGAUCGUGCGGGUGAAUUGGCCUCCUCCAAUCAGGGAGAUGAUGUGGAAGGUGCCCUGACCGGCAGUGACCCAUUCUAUGACCGCUUCCAUUGGUUCAAACUGGUUGGGAGCUCACCUAUUUUUCAUGGCUGUGUGAAUGAGCAUCUGGCUGACCGCACGCCCUCCCCCACCUUCUCCACCACCGAUUCUGAGAUCACCGAGCUGGCCGAUGAACGGCAGAGUGAGAUGGAGGACUUCAUGGAUGAUGAGGCCUUUGUGGAUGACACCAGCUCAGACAAUGGGACUGAGGAGGGGUCUGACAUCUUCAGCGAUGGCCAGGACCCCUUCUAUGACCGUUCCCCCUGGUUCAUCCUGGUGGGCAGAGCCUUCGUGUAUCUGAGUAACCUGCUGUAUCCUGUGCCCCUGGUGCAUCGUGUCGCUAUAGUAACAGAGAAGGGAGAAGUGCAAGGAUUCCUGCGAGUGGGGGUUCAGGCCAUUGAUGCGGAUGAGGAGGCCCCUGAUUAUGGUUCUGGUGUGCGUCAGUCGGGCACUGCUAAGAUUUCCUUCGAUGAUGAGUAUUUAAAAAAGAGUGAUUUCUCCUCCGUGACCAUGACACACUCUGGCUUUUCUUUAGAAGAGCUGCGUAUUGUGGAAGGUCAAGGUCAGAGUUCAGAGGUCAUCACCCCCUCUGAGGAGAUGAACAGAAUAAAUGAAAUGGACCUGAAGCUGGGUAACAUAGACACAAAGCUGACUGAUGGUUUGCCGGAGCAUCUGGAGGUGGGCAGCAUUUUCACCUUCCGCGUCACUGUUCUGCAGGCCAACGGCAUCCCGCCUGAAUACGCAGACAUCUUCUGCCAGUUCAAUUUCCACCAUCGUCACGAUGAGGCAUUCAGCACAGAGCCCCUGAAGAACACAGGCAAAGGAGCCCCGCUGGGCUUUUACCACGUACAGAAUAUCUCAGUGGAGGUGACAGAGUCCUUUAUCGAGUACAUAAAGACCAAGCCAAUUGUGUUUGAAGUGUUCGGCCAUUACCAACAGCACCCACUCCAUCUUCAUGGACAGGAAUUGGUCAGCCCUUCUCAGCCUUCCAGAAAGUAUUACCCCCCACCGAUGCCUCUGUCUAAACCAGUGCCAGCCACCAAACUGAAUACCAUCUCUAAAUCCAACCUGGGUCAGUGUGUUAGCAAGUAUGACCUGCUGGCCUGGUUCGAGAUCAGUGAACUGGAGCCCACCGGAGAGUAUAUCCCAGCAGUAGUAGAUCACACAGCUGGUCUUCCCUGUCAUGGAACCUACCUCUUGCACCAGGGCAUCCAGCGUAGAAUCACAGUCACUCUGAUCCAUGAGAAAGGCAGUGAACUCCACUGGAAGGAUGUCAGAGAGCUGGUGGUUGGUCGAAUCAGGAAUAAGCCAGAAGUGGAUGAUUCAGCUGCAGAUGCAGUCCUCUCUCUUAACAUCAUCUCAGCUAAAAACUUGAAAUCCUCCCACAACUCCUGCAGCCUUUGUAUUGAUAGCGAUAUUGCUAGGACAUUCUACCGGUUUGAGGCGGUCUGGGACAGCUCCCUCCACAACUCUCUCCUGCUGAACCGUAUCACUCCCUACGGAGAGAAGAUUUACAUGACCCUGUCUGCAUAUUUGGAGCUUGACCACUGCAUCCAGCCUGCAAUUGUAACCAAGGACAUCUGCAUGGUCUUCUACUCCAGAGAUGCAAAGAUCUCUCCUCCACGCUCACUUAGGAACCUGUUUGGAAGUGGUUACUCAAAGACCCCUGACUGUAAUAAAGUAACUGGCAUCUAUGAGCUUAGCCUGUGCAAGAUAUCAGACACAGGAAGCCCAGGUAUGCAAAGGCGGAGACGGAAGGUUCUGGAUACAUCAGUGGCAUAUGUGCGUGGAGAGGAGAACCUUGCGGGCUGGAGACCCAGAGGAGACAGUCUGAUCCUGGAGCACCAAUGGGAGCUUGAGAAACUUGAUCAGUUGCAUGAGGUUGAGAAGACCCGUCACCUGUUGUUGCUUCGUGAGAAGCUUGGUGAGACAGCUCCUCCAAAAUCCCUGAGUGAUUAUUUGUUGCCCAGCCUAAACAGCAGUGGUACUGUCAGCACCUCCACCAGCAUCUCCUCCCAGAUCUCUUCCACCACCUUUGAGAGCGCCAUCACGCCCAGUGAGAGCAGCGGGUAUGACUCCACAGACAUUGAGAGCUUGGUAGACCGCGAGAAGGAGCUGGCCACCAAGUGCCUCCGUCUCCUGACACACACUUUCAACAGUGAAUAUAAUCAGAUGUGCAACAGCAUCAGUGACUGCAAGUUGUCGGAUAUCUCUCCUAUGGGCCGUGAUCCAUCAGUCACCAGUUUCAGCAGUGCCACAAUCACCCCCUCCUCCACCUGCCCCUCUCUGUCUGACUCUCGGACCCCUGAAGCCAACUCUCGUGCCACCAGCCCCUCAUGCUCUGAUUAUGAGAAUUUCCCCAUGGUGCCCAUCCUGGAGACGUCCUACCUGGCACGAGCCGGCAAACACGAGUUCCUCAACCUUCUGCCUGACAUUGAGGAGAUGAGACCUGGAUCUGUGGUGUCAAAGAAGGGAUUUCUCAGUUUCAUGGAGCCCCGCUCUAACUCCUGGGUAAAGCACUUUGUGGUGGUACGUCGGCCAUAUGUGUUCAUCUACAACAAUGAUAAGGAUGCAGUAGAGAGGGGUGUGCUGAAUUUAUCCACUGCUCAGGUGGAAUACAGUGAAGACCAGCAGGCUAUGCUUAAGACACCCAAUACAUUUGCUGUGUGCACCAAGCACAGAGGAAUUCUCCUUCAGGCCAACAACGACAAAGACAUGAACGACUGGCUCUAUGCCUUUAACCCACUACUUGCAGGAACAAUAAGGUCCAAGUUGGCGAGGAGACGGUCCGGUCUGAUGAAGAACUGAACGAGAGCACAUAUGUGUAGAGAUAGUGCUCAUAUUUCUGUCUACCUUUACAACGUACCAAGUGUGUUACCACUUCUAAAUCUUUAUGAUUCUUGAUGGUUUCUCUUGUAUGUAGACCUGUGGCUCUGCUCUCUUCUCCAGCAAAAUAACUUUCAGUUCCUGCACACCAACUCUCCCCUGGCUCUCUAUUUGUUUCCUGAUCCUUUGCGUUAUUGAUUGGAUUUAUUCAGUCUUAACUUUUGUUCUUGGUCACAACCGAACCUCUGUCAAGUAGCAUGUUGUAAUAGUCUAUUUGUGUGUGCACGAAUCUUCAGAGCAGGUUCUUCUUUCUCUUGAGUUGCUAAUGUCUGUAAAGAUCAUCCUCACCAGUGUUGUCCACCAGGAACAUCUUGACCAUAUGGCCAACAACAGCCAUCACCCUCCGGAGAAAGUUGGUUUGCUAAACAAAAUCCUCUAAAAAUACACGGUAAAGUAAAAAGAAAUCAUAAUACUAUUAAAAACACAAAAUCAACUUUCUCUGAUAGAAGUUGCAAAAUAUUAUCAAAUAGCUGUUUUGCUCCAGAUACUGCUAAAAUAAAAUAAAGUUGGUGUCCCAACAAGGUUUAAAUAAAAAGAGAAUAAUUGAAUUUUGGAUGGACCAAAGCACUUAAGAUGCCUAAUUCUGAUGAGAAAAAAUGUUACCCCUUAAAUGAAUGUUAUUGGCUUAAUGAAUUUGCUGAAUCAGCCCAAGCCAUUAUGGUUAAGACAUAUUUAUCUAUAGGCCCAGAAUGGUACCAUGUCACAGUGUAUUUGCUUGGCAAAAGUUCCAUAUAUCAAGGACUUAAAAUAUACCAUUAGCAAACUAUGUAACAAUUAAAGAUGGUAAUGUUAUCUCACAUAUCACAUUUUCUAUAGUAUUCAGCUCAAAUGAUUCCCUUAGUAAAUUAGGGGGGUAAAUGGUACAAAAAUUAGACACAGACCACCUAACUGAAUGGAAAUCCAUUUUGUACAUAACUUGCGGGAUUACUGUGCUUUAUGCAACUCCUGAAGAGACAUGACAUGUUGGUUUUGUUCUUACUGUAUUACUAAAGCCAGCCGUUUACAGCUAGUUUUAGCAAGAAAGAUCAGAUGGCCAAAGGUUAUGCCUCUUUGGAAGGCCAUAUAUUUGAGUGAGAUUUAAUUGGUUAAAUUAUUGAUUGAAUUAUAUUUUUGGCUUUUGCCAGAUAAAUCUCUCCAUUCUGUUUUAUACCUCAGCCAGCAUUUUUCCCUAGAGAAUGAGCAGGAUUUAAACAUCUGUUAGUGACUUUUAAUAUUAUUGAACAUUUAUCAUGUACCACUGUACUUAUUAUCUUAACGUAUUUUAACAACAUAUGAUCAGUGUUUUACAUUAUCUGAAGAGCAAAUGCAACAUACACAAUGGAAGUUUGUGAGAGAAGGGCUUUUCCUCCUUUUACUCUGCUAUUCUUCACUACUUAUUUGAACAGACCAAGUUUGACCUCUUAAACAGAUUUCUGUUCUAUUACUGUCAGUGGAAAAUGGUUUUGGAAUGAAUUAGCAUUGGACAGGUCAUAUAUGCAGGGCACUGCAGUGAGGGGAAAAGGGAUGCUAUGUGUUCAGCUUCUUUAUUGCUGUUAGGAAAAUCUUUGCUCUGUUUAAAACAUCCAGUCAAGAUACCAGUGUUUCAGUCUGCUAGGGAAGUUGAAUUGAUAUUUACAAUGAGCGAUUUGGCAGGGCAUGUAAUAGUACUCUGGCCAAACAACCAUGAAGAAGUACUGCCCACCAAAUUCUAGCAGGAAGUGGUAUAGUUUCACUGUGCUUUGCAGGCUGAUCACUGUCAUUUCUUACGAAGUCAGUAUUCAUGCUGCUUUUAGAUCAAAAGAGCAUUUUCACAGGGGACACAUGAAAAUGGUUCAGAAUAUCCUGCUCUUCGGUCAGGAAGCCUGUAGAGGUCCUCUGAGCUGUUGGAUUGUUUCAGCGUCUGUGGAAAAAACAAUUCAGAUACAACACAUAAAGUGCAUGAGAAACGUUUACUAACCUUCACUUAGCAUUUAUCAAAGUGACUUUAUGACAAAUACGAACUUAAUAUUGUGAAUUUUUGCCAGGGCAAAGAUUUUCUGCAUUUUUUACCAUCUUUGAGAGUGGCUUGGUUACUAAUGUAAAGUCGUAGAUAUUCAUAAUGAAUUUCAUUUAACUGUAUUUAUUGUUUGUAAUGUAUAUAUUAGUUUGCAGCUCUUUGCACAUAAUGUGUUUAUACAACUAACAGAACAAAUAAAGCUUGAACUAAUGUUUUUGUUGUUUUCUCAAAUGCUGACCAAAUGGGUUUAGGUUUUGGUGUUUUACUCACUGAAGUGGACUUUGAAUGUACUUGAAUUCAAAAUGCAUGAAUUAUCAGACUAAAGAUAUUUCUUGAAAUAGGAAUUUAAUUUGACCAUGUUCACUUUCUCACAUUGAAUCUUAAAGAUAGUAUAGAUAUUGAGUGUGGCGUUAUGAGACAUGUUCAAUUUAAUUUCUGACAUCAGGGAAUAUAUUUUGUAGAGGUAAUUCAACAUGAUAUGUUGCAUUUUUUCUGACUGAUGGUCACCUCCUUUGUUUUUGUGUCGAGUCAUUAUGCAUUUACCCAUGCUGCGUUGAAAGCAAACCUGGCAUUACUAUAUCACUCCCAUUUCAUCCGAGGCCUAAUGUUUCCAAAUGAACAUCCCCAUUCGAUGAAGUAAAACAACAGAAAUAUCUAAACCGAGGCAUUAACACUGUACAUUAUUUGUCAUAUUAGCUUAAUUUUCAUAAUUAUUUUGUAAAUAUUACAUGUUGUAUGGAACUUGGAUUAAAAUGUAAAUAUGUCUCCUGUAUUUGUAAUAAUUAUAAUCCAUUUGCUGUAGACGUGUAAUGCAUAUAUCUUAAUUCUGUGUAUGUUAAUCUUGCACCAUUGACCUGUUCAGUGAAUGAGGUAAAAAUAAAAUUACAGCCACUGCAUUAGACGAUGA